AUGCACCCUGCUUUGGCCACCCCGUUGGACCUCCGACCAUCGGGAUUACUUUCCAUGAGCAGUAGCAGCAGUGCAUCCGCGAACGGUGGUCCCAACCCACACGGGCCAAUGAACGAACCGUCGGGACCACCUCAGCUGUACCAGCAGCAUCAUCAUCAUCAUCACCACCAUCACCACCAGCAGCAGCACCCCCAUACCCAGUCGGGUGGCCCUUCAUCAUCGUCGUCGUCGAAUCGAUCCAGUUCUGGUUCGCGGGCACGACAUCGAAGCCGCAGCAGCUCCGGCUCGGAAACCGGCCACCAGAACCCGACGGAGUCGACGGAUAACCGUGCGGGAACCCCGUCGGUUGGCAGCGCAGGUGGCGGAAACGGCGGACCCACCGGAGGGAAAUCCGGGAACCAUCGGUCGCAAAGUCUGGUGAAGCCACCCUACUCCUAUAUUGCGCUGAUCACGAUGGCCAUCCUACAGUCUCCCCAGAAAAAGCUCACACUAAGUGGAAUUUGCGAGUUCAUUAUGACAAGGUUCCCUUACUACAAGGAAAAAUUCCCCGCUUGGCAAAACUCGAUCCGGCAUAAUCUCAGCCUGAACGAUUGCUUUAUCAAGAUCCCGCGCGAACCAGGCAACCCGGGCAAGGGCAACUUCUGGACACUGGACCCCCUUGCCGAGGACAUGUUCGACAACGGGAGCUUUCUGCGGCGCCGGAAGCGCUACAAACGCACGACGCUCGCCCAGAGCAUGGCCUUCCCGGGGGUCUUUGGACCGUUUGCCCCCUUCUGGAUCCGAAAGCCGGUCCCGGUGAUACCAAUGCACCAGUUUGGUCCAGCCCACGCAGCUGCUGCUUCCGCCGCCGUGUCGGCUGGAUUUGGUACGAUUGACAAUGGUGGAGGACCGCUGGCGGGACUGGGACCGGGUGGCCGUGGAGGCGACUUUCUUCUCGACAGUAAACUGAACCUGUUCGGUGCCGUCAAGAUGGACGACCUGAAUGUGGCCAUGAUGGAGAACAGCGACUUUCUGCAGCGCAAUGUAGACAGCCUGAAGAUCUCAAGCGCCAUGAACAAGUUUUUCCACGGAUACCACCAAGGGCAGGGAGUUGGUACAGGGAAUGUUGGGCCGAUGUCGGUGGACAUCUACGACGAGGCAACGCACACCCCGUCCGGGCUUAGUAUACAUCCGUGUAAUGGGUCGCUUGGACGAGAGUCCUAUGGACCAUACGGUAGUCACAAGGGUUCGGGAGGGAUUACGUUGCAUUCCAACCAGGACGACGCACCCAAUGGUGACCGAAGGACGGCCGACUAUCACGAUGGAGAACAGAUCAAUGGAGACCUUGACCUCUCCAGCGACGAUCGGAUCGACGUCGAGAGCGAGGACGACUACAAAUCCUCCACGGAACGCUACCACGAGCUGCUUUUGGAUGGUCGGAGGUCUAUCCCGACGCCAGUGACGGCUCAUCCUCAUCAUGCUCCAUCGUCCGCCUCUCCUCCUCCCGUUGUACCUGCUUCUGCUCCUCUUGGACCACCACCGCUGCGUGUACCAUCGACAAACGGUCCCGCGGGUGACUACUCUUCACCACACUGCAGCCCUUCACGGCCAAUUCGAGAUUCCGACGAUUACUACAUCGAAGAGGACGAGCAGUCCGAUAUGGCAAGCAGCAGUGGUGGCUCUCUGCCGGAGGAGUCCCGGGGGCCAACUAAGGAAUUUCAGCGACAACUCUACGGCGACCACCAAGGGGCAGCACAUCAGGAGAUGUCGACCGGCCCAGGCAAUGCACCGGAAGCGGACCGCCCUCCGUCCGGAUUCGGUGGCGAAACAACGAAACUCUUCGAUAGCAUCGAGGUCGGUGGCUUUACGGCACGGAAACGCAAAUAUGGCAACACGAAGGGUUUCAGCAUAGAGAACCUCAUUGGGUGUAACGUGGAGGACAGAUGAAUGGAAGUGGACGGUGACUCGCAAUACGCUCCGCGAUGUAAAGACAGAAGAAAACAAACCAAAGAAUCCGAUCCCCGUGCUUAAAUCAUGUGUAAAUAGUAGAUGUGGGUAACGAUUAGCAGACCGCAGGGACGCUCUAAUGUAGAAAUUAGGCGUAUCGUUUGUUUUUAGUUAUUAGGUAAAGUUUUACAAACCACACGAG